AUGCACGAAUAUUUGGGCGUUGCGGCGGAUAUUGUGGUCAGUGCAGUCCGGAUAAGUUCAAAGGAUUGGUUAUCGAAAUUGACCAUAAACAGAAUCCGAGCAUUGGCGUUGGAUGAAAGCAUUAUCCACAACAGAAUGGGACGACUGGAACGAAUCAGUUGGAAAGAUCAAAUACCGAAUAAUGCACAAAUCAGCGAGCCAGGGAGCAGUCGCUUGAACUACACGAUGAUCCUCAGCAAUAUCCAUGCUUUAAAACUUUUGACUUUGCUUAUUGAGCUAACUGCUGCUCUGUGUUAUCGCCAUUGUUAUGUGAGUGCUCGCAAUGAACUCGGCCGCCAUCGCCGCGAUCAUUUCGCCGAACGACGAACGACGCCCUUGCCGUCCUCUUUGUGUAGCACUCACAAAAUUUAG